CGCCCCCGUACAGAUGUUGACGAAACGGCUCUCCCCAGUUCCGCAUGCCGCCGCGGAGGCUAUAUAAGCGCGCUGAUGCAACGAGACUCACAGCAGCGCUCGAGCGACGGGACGGAGGGCUCGUGACACAUUUCAGACGAAGAACACAGGUAGACCGUAAUGAUGCCCACUCAGAUGCGUGACCCCGUGUUGCAAGCUGGUUCUCUGCCCAGUUUGUCUCCCCUUGCUGGGUUUCCAGCCUCCACACUAACAGAGCAGCUCAGGCUUGUUGAGAUGUACAGCCUCAGACCCUCAGAUACUACCAUAGAGCUUCUACACCCUGGCAAAAGACCCUUCAGUUUUCUGCAGAGUGAGGUGGCUGAUGAAGAUGAGAGGAGAAAGAGGAGGAGAGAGAAGAACAAAGUUGCAGCGGCGCGCUGUCGAAACAAGAAGAAAGAAAGAACAGGCUACCUUCAGAAAGAGUCAGAGCGUCUUGAACUACUGAAUGGGGAGCUGAAGGCGCAAAUUGAGUCCCUGAAGAAGGAGAAGCAGCACCUCGUCCACAUGCUCAACCAGCACAGACCCACCUGUAUCGUCCGUAGAGACAGUGUCCAGACCCCCGAGAAGGAACAGAACCCACUACUCCAGCAGCUCUCUCCUGCCCACUGAUGCCCACUCGCCACAUUCAUGCUGAUUUACUCAGCACACGCUCCUGUCACAGCCUCUUACUGCACAGCAUUGUACUGCAUCAGAGUGUGUGUGCUUGGGUUGUUAAUCCUAUGAGACCGGCUCUGUAUCCCAGCAGCUGAUCUCCAGGACCACCGCAGUGAGGAGAAGAGCCGAGAGUGGAGAGCUGUGAGGGGAAAAGAGGAGAAACUGAAGUACGAAUUACUUUUCCCACCAGCGCUGCCCAGCCUCACUGAUGAACACUGAAAAAUGCUUCCCGUUUUCUGUUGGCUAAUUGGUGGGCCAUUAGCUUCCAUUCAUUGUAAGCUACAUUAGCCUCUUAGCUUCAUGGGGGAAAGCAAACUCGGUGACGGACUUAAGACUUGCUUGUUUAGCAGAUAUAUAGGAAUUGCCUCUACAAACUUUCAACUUCCUUAUCUGUUUGGAAACUGAGGUGCAGCACAUUUGCCAGUCUUGCCAUGUUUAAGAAGCCAAACUGAACUGAGAACUGCAUUGUUUUUUUUUCUUUCUCCUCUAUAAUGCACAACAUAUGUCUUCCAUGACUACGGCUUCUCUCAGUGCACUGAAAUGAGACAUAGUCCAGAUACACUCAGCUAUAAAAUCUGGAUCAAACAAACAAACAAGCAGCAAUUAUGACUUUUAUACCAUACCCUUACUUACCUUUCAAUGAAGGUAAACCUAAGCUUUUUAUGCCAAAUUAAACUAGAGUAUUUCUAUUCAUUAACUUUUUAUCAUAAUUGUAUUAUAAACAACACCUUUCAAGUACAUGAGAUAAAUAUAAAUUAUAUAGUGAGUUGGAUGAUACAGCAUAAAUCUCAUAUCGCAAUACAUGCAGUAAUUUUUAUUGUAAUAAAUGACACUAUUUUCUGAUAUUCAUACUUUUUAAGGGUUGGCAAUAUAGAUGCUAGACUUUCAAAAUAUUUUCUAAAUAAGUAAUUUUCAUUACAGUGUUUUGUUUUGCCUUCAGCAAGCCUGAAUAUUUGCAGCAAAACUGCAGGGUUGCGGUUCCAAAGGUAUCAGAGUGUGGUACAAAUAAAUGGGGAAAAAAAUAAGCAUUUCUUUUCAAUCAGCUGCUUUUGCUAUGCUGUAAAUGCAAGUACUGUUCACUGUGGUUGUUUACAGGCAUGUACAAGCAUGGUGUUUCAGAAAUGCUGAUUGUACCCUUAAAACUCAGGAUAGAGUAUUGUGACCGAUUUAUCACAUUAUUAAUAAAUAAUAAUGACAAAUAUAUGACAUAUACAAAAUGUAUGACAUAUACAGUGUAAACUGAUCUCUAUUUAGUGUACGCUUACAUUCGCACUCAUUCUCUGACCAAGAAAUAGCAGUGCAUUAGAGAUGUUCUGUAUUUGUAGCAUUAUGGACCUACCUAAUCGUAUGGGUCUUACAUUUUAUGAUACUGUUGAAAUAGAUGCCAAAUCCUUUGAACAGCCACCAGAUGGUGCCAUUUGAUAACCUCUUGUGUGCACAGAUUUUGGCGCUGUUUUAAAUGUGUACUGUAUUUGUAUUUGUAUGUUUUUUUUUUUUACUCCGUGCAUGCACUUGUACCUUGCACUCAAUUAUUGUAUUACUAUUAUAUAUAAUAUUCUAUCACUUGAUGUGGUGACAUGUAUUUUUGUAUUUUGGUCUUGCAUGGAAGGCUCUGCUGUGCGGAGUCGCUGAAUUGUUUUGUUUUAUGAAUAACGUGUUUUGUUAUAUGAAACCAAUAAACCCAGGGGAAAACUAA